AUGAAUUUCAUACAUUUUUUACUCUCUAUACUUGUUAAAUCUGUAUUCGUCAGUAAGGUAGACGAUAGCGUACACUAUUUCGUCACUUUUGAUCGGAUAGAGAAUGAACUUGCUGGCAUCCAGUUGUUGGAGGAGAACGAAAAACUACUGAAGGACGGCUCUUUGCGGAUAUCUACGCCACGUAAUGAGAACUACAUCUGCCGAUUCCCAGAGGGUUCUACCUCAAGUAGCAGAGAUGCUUCGUCCUAUACUGGACCUUUACCUGAUGAAUUGAUAGCGUCAAUCUAUAAGGAUAAAUUGUGUUCAUAUCGUGUGGAUCCAUAUUGGACCUAUGAACUUUGCCAUGGGCGUUACAUUGUUCAGUACCAUGAGGAAAAAGAACUGCGUGGUGUUGGAAGGACCUCCGAGUACUACCUGGGCAAUCUGCAUGUGGAUUACGCUACUAAGGGUUCCCCAGACAAUCAUGAUAUACCUCCGAAGAAGAUCAUCGAUGGAGAAGAACGCGCUUAUUUUCCUGUAUUAUACAAUCAAGGGACUACCUGUGAUAUCACAGGGAAACCACGAACGACGAUUGUGAAAUAUAAUGCACAUAUCCAGAUCCACUCGCUGAGUGAAGUUUCUUCAUGUAAUUACGAAGUGAUAGUGCUAACCAGUAGGAUUUGCACUCAUCCAGCCUAUAAACCAAAAGAGAAGAAGAACCAAGAAAUUGUUUGUUACAACACGCAUGGUGGUGAAAUUGUGAAACCGUUAUCCCUUGUUCAGUUGGAAGACUAUCAUCGUGACACCUUCAAGAGGGUUUGUUUCCAAGUAAUUACUGUUAAAGGAGGUGAAUACAUACAGGAAUUCUCUAUUACUACAACCGACGAGGUUACGGAGUUCAGUAUGGAGGGAGGAAAGACAGCUGAUGAGUUGCGGCCUCAGUCUGAGAGACAAAAACUCUUUAAAUUAUCUGGCCAGAAGAAAUAUAAGAGCGUGGACACACUAGCAAAUAACCGUCUAGUAGUUGAAGACACUGUAAACCGUAUACUAUCCGGGAGUGAAUGUAUCUAUGGUGGAGAAGGAUGGUGGAAAUAUGAAUUUUGUUAUGGAAAGAGCGUACUCCAAUAUCACCAAGAACCAAAUGGUGACCGCACAGAGAUAUUGCUAGGUGUUUUUGACGAGGUAGUUCAUAAGGCGUGGGUAGAUGAAGACAAAAUCCAUCGUUCUCCAAAGAAGGUCAGAGCACUUACUGAGUUCUUCCCAAGUUUAGUAGAAUGCGGUUCUAUUGCAAUAUCUUUGUUGUUGAAAUCUCGUUUACAGUCCAACAAUCAGGUCGUUCAAAUUUCUCAUCUGUACUCCAAGGGAGAUAUAUGCCAUGAAUUGAAUGCUCACAGAAAUGUGGAGGUCAACUUAAGAUGUAAAACAGCCGGUAGUCCGCUGGCAAUCUCACUUUCGUUAGCUGAACCAAAGUUGUGUCAGUAUAUUCUCGUGAUUGAAAGCGAAAGGUUCUGUGAACCUCUCCAGUACGCCGAUGAAUACGGUCGUAUUGCAGUAGAACCUCUUCAAGAGAGCGGACUGCCGGGUUUCCGUCCGUUAUAA